CAGUACAACACUCCAAGCAGUGAAAUCUUUUGCAGAGGCCUCCUGAGUCAUUUGACACAAUAAAAGCCCCUAAGUCAGUCUGUGCUGAAGUUUGUGCGAGAUUAGUUGCAUUUUAUUGCGUUGUAUUGUAACUAGCCUAGCUAGCUAACUUUGUACUAGUUGCGGUCGGCGCUCCUUUUCCUAUACUUGCGCGGUCACGGGUUAUGAGCUAACGCGGGCUUCGGUUCCCAGACGCUCUCAAUUGUUAAAACGGCCGCAAAUAAUUUAGCCUAUUUAACCGUAGGACUUUUGAUAGGAAGCCCAUCGUGUACGAAAAAUCAGGACUGAUUGAUAGCGAUCGACUCAUGUCGAAUAUUCUCGCUACAUUUUGACUUGUAGUUCGUUUUUUUUCACGUCAAGACUUAAGCUUGAUUGACUAAAAAAGUGCUGGUUUUAAUUAUCCAUAGGCUUUAUAUUUAUUAUAUCGUUUAUACAUAGGGAAAUCAUUCGUCGACACCAUUUAGUUGUAAGUAAGAGUGGUCUUCUUGUUGGUUCUCAUUUAGUUAUUAUACUUGGAUUGAUCAUAUCAACAUUCCAAAAAUAUUUAUGAGUACCGUCAACCCAUCUUUUGCACCAUCUUUUAGUCAGUUCCUUCUUGGAAUAGGCUAAAAGAUGUUCUGAAAGAUGGGUUGUCGGUAUAUUUCUACUUGCUUUCAUCAGCAUGGUCUUGUGCAGCUCGUGGUGAUUUGUUUUAGUUUCCUGGUCGUGGUCAAAUUGCACAUUGUUCAGCAAUCAGGCUGGUUUCAGUUUUUCCUAGUACAAAAAUCUAAGAAUUUUAGCUUUGUACGUCUUGGCGUCACAACACCUUCAAGAUGUGGGCUCGAUCUCAGCGCACCGGAGAUGAAAAGGAAGGAGAGGGGCGGAAGAAGAUUGUGCUGCUGAGCCCUCUCUCAGGGGAAGAGGUCGAGACCCCGUUCGCGAAGCCUACCUUGUUAAGAAAUGAAACUAAAUUAUCAUAGCAUGUUCAUGUUGCCUAGUAUGAUGAAUGUAUAAAUAUUAUGUGCUGUUACUAGGUUAUAUCCUCAGAGUCGAGCCAGGUGCCGGGGGGCUUCGAUGUGCAGGAUUCACAACCUAACCUAACCGAUAGAUAUAGUUGUAUACGAUGAAGUAGAUAGUGAAGAUCUAUUUUUCGUGAUGUGGUUAUGGUUUCUAAUUUCCGCUUUGAAAGUUGGCGAGUGGCUUCAGGAGCAUUACCUCCCGACACAGUUUGACGGAGAUCGGGCUUCUCGGAAUGUGAAGAUUUUCAUAGCUUCGAGCGCGGACAAGGACGACUCGAAGACGAAGUCGAAUGGAGGUAAGAAUUCCGCCAGUACAAGCAACGGCGAAGACAAUGAAGACAGGACUCCCGUUAGCGGCGGCGAUAUCGCCUUCGAAAGUUGCAAAGAAGACGAAGGCGGGUCGAAUGAGAUUGAGAAAGAGGAGGGGGAGAGGCAAUCUGACAGCAAGUUCGCGAGUUCCGCGGAUGAUCUGUCGCAGAGCAAUGGCGACGAUGUUGCACAGCACGCUCUGGAGGAGGUGGCUUGCUACAAGACUACUGAGCUGAAGCCGAAGGACGAGUUGUACUUUUUUCUUGGCAGCCACGCCGACCGGUACGAGACCAUGGCUGCCCGGACGCAGGAUCAGUACUUCCAGGCGCUUCUGGUCGAAUUAGCGAAUGGCUACGGUUGGUGGAUUGAGGAUGAGGACAAAACUUCGUCUUCGAAUCAGAAAGAGGCUGAAACCUGGGAAAACGCCACCCGCAAGAGGCUCGCGUCGAUGGGCCCAUUCCGUUUGGAGUGGCUCACGCCAAAACCGGAGUUCCCUUUCUUCCAUCAACUCGAAAGUGCCAUGAUGUAUGAUGCCACCUAUUGAGAGCGGAGCAUUGGGAAUGUCGUUCCUCUCAUUUUUCAGCGUCGUACUAGUCUACUUAACAAAUUAUUAGUCUACUUCCUCUAUAAAUGCAACAUCCGACGCCGCACGAAUAGGCAAUCUGCUAGUACUACUUUUAACUUGAGAGGAGGACAUUGGUUCCCUUAAUCUGAUCCAGAUUCAUCUCAAUCAGUGGCAACAUUCAUAAGAUGGACUCGAACAACACGGCUUGCGCUAGAAACAAGGCAGGAGCACGACCAGCAUCUGCCAGCACAACGAAAAGCAAAGCCCCGGCUUCUGGUGGAGCGAUCACAAGCAGGACGCGGUCGUCUGCGUUUGAAGAGGAGGAUGCGACAAGGGGAGCUCCAAAGCGAAUCAGAAUCGAGCAACAUGGCAGAGGCGUGCGAGAAAUCGAGGUCCGGCCCAAUCAUAUGAGUCCACCACCUGCUGCGAAACCUGUCAAGGCCGACAACAUAUGGAAAAAUGAAAAACGCCACUCUUUUUCCUUGAUAUAAUUGUAGUCAGACACGACUCUGCCAGAUUCUCGCGAUAGCAUGAUCGAUCUUCUUAUGAGUAUGAGUAUUGAGCUGGUGGAUGUAUUUUUGAGCUGGUGGGUCUGUCGUGAGUACUUAUUCUUGAUAUCAUGAUGGAUUGUUUUACUUACAACUUUCAUAUGACAGGGUCAUUUUUUGCAAUCUUCUCGACGCGUCGAAGGUCCGUGAACCCAGCGGGUUUUCCUACGUGAUGCCGACCAUCCUGGUUGAGAAUCCGACUGAAGCAUUUCCACUGACCGAGCCGGAAUGGACCUACUGUCGCAAGAUGUGCGGAUUUCUGACAAAAAAGAAGCAGAAGUCUUGCAGAUGUAUGAAGGUGAAAAAUUAUAGACAUAAAGCAAAGGAGAUGCAGGACGCCGCCGAUGCGGACGAUGUAGAACUGUGGCCGCUGCUGAAAUUAUUCUGCGGAGCGUACAAUGAGCAGCUCCAGGAGACUUUGCUCAUGGAGUACCCGAACGGGUCGGACCGACCAGAGUUCGCGGAGUCCUUGGAGAUACUCCACAACUCUUUGGAGGCGGAGUGUUUAAACCCAGCUGAGCGAAUAAAGAAAGCAGCGAGUAGCCAGGAGGCGGAUGGGCUGGACUGCAUCCGUAUCCAUCCGAAGGACCUGCCGACUGAAUGUGUCGAGGAAGCCGAGAAACACUGUCGACAAGUCGUCGUCAACCAGGCAGCCAUGCUAUGAUACUAUCAUCGUCGUCACUACAUUAGCAUCGCCAUCAUUCGCACGGCCGCACUCGUCAUGUAAUUUAAUUAGGGAAUUAUAGGGAGUAUUAAUAUAAUUCGUGUCAAGAACAAAGCCAUUGUCAUCGGCAUCAUCAUCGUACUUGUCAUACUUAUAAAAUAUCAUCACUCUGGCCCCUUUUAUUCUCAGCUUUCAUUUCUGUGGAAGCGGCGAACGGAGCAACUGUACGGAUUCGAGGCCGACGAGUCUGUAGGAGUUUUCGGUCGCGAGUUAAGUGAAGUGGUGCGAGCAGCGGGGGGUCGCGGUGAGCUGCGGACUAAGGCGCCCGACCAGCUCGUGCGAAGUCUGAACCUGGAAAUCGACAAGAUGAUCCUCAGUGGGAAAAUCCUGGCCACGCUGAAGGAGCUGUAG